AUGCGCGUGCAUUGCACCGAGGCCCGGCGGAAGCUCAAGGCACCUGUGUCCAGGUAUGAGCUGCGAGUCUUCUGGCGACGCCUUGAUGAAGACAACAGCGGCCAGGCUUCCAUCGAGGAAUUUGGGCGGCUCAUGUACAAGAUUGAGCUCAGCCAGUGGCCUGACCUGACCGAUGAAGAGGUCGAGCGUGUGGUUGGCGUGCUGAACCAGGCAGCUCACAAGUGGCACCGCGCGGGCGGGAACUGGUUCAAGAUCUUCAACCAGAUCGAUGCAGAUGGCAGUGGGAAUCUCUCUUAUGACGAGCUUGUGCAGUGUGUUCGUGGGACCUAUCCAUGCCUAAGAGUGCCGACACGGGAUGUGACGGAGAGAGAGCUGCAAGGGCUGUGGAAGGCCUUGGACAACAUGGGAAGCAUUGAGGUUCCGGUGCAUCGGUUUAUGGUGUUCAUGCGAAGAUGGAGUGGCGACACCAGCUUCAACAAUAAAGAACAGAAGCGAAAGCCUCCGGACAAGUCUUCGUUGCCACCCGUGUCCGAGCGUACGGGCGUGGAGGUGCGCGGGGUCGCCCAGGCCCUGGAACGGGCUUUGUCGUCGUACUACAUCGACAAAGGCUACCUAAGCGUUGCUAGCGCAUGUGAGGCGGCAGCGUGGCAGGGCGGUGCCAAAGUUAACGACACUGCUUGCAGCUGGACUCGCUUCUUUAUGGAGAUGGACAAAGAUGGAAGUGGCCGCCUGUCAUACAACGAGUUCAUGCGGGCAAUCUUCUCAAAGCUCAAGACUUGGAUGGAUCCCAAGGUCUCCCUACCUGUGGGAGGAACUGGGCGAAACGUGACGAAGGAUGACAUUCGUGCCCUGUGGGACAAGCUCGAUCCCUCCUCAGUGGGCGAAGUCACGGCGAAAGACAUGAUGCUUGGCUUGUACCAUGUUCAGCUGGACGGCUGGCCCGAGUUAGACGGUGCAGAGCUUGAGAGAAUAGCAACGAUCCUGAACUACGCUGCCGUCAAACGAUUGCGAUCCAGUGGCAACUGGUACAAGAUCUUCAAUCUGGUCGACAAGGGCCAAUCCGGCCGCCUCAGCUUCGGGGGCCUCAAAGAAGUUGUGAGGGACAUGUGGUACGGACUAGCCAUUCCACCGGAUCAGAUCACGGACUUCGAUCUGAAAGGCUUGUGGAAGGCCUUAGACGAGGACAAGUCCAGCACCGUCAGUGUUGGUGAGUUCAUGGUCUUCAUGCGCCGCUACGGGGCCAAGCACAGCAUGCACAAGUCGUCGCAAAGCAAGAUGACUUGCAGUGUGAUCUCCGAAGAAGAUGAAGAUCAGAAGGAGCAGAUCGCAAAUGCACCGGCAUUGGACGUGCAUCAGCUCGUCUCCAUUGCCACAAACUUGACGUUGGGCGUUCAUGCAUGGCUGUCCAAGACCGGCGCCGACAAAGCAGGAGGAGCACUACUUUGGCCGAAGUUCAUCGAAGCGAGCGGCUGCUCUAGGCACGGCCGCAUGAAAUACACAGAGUUCCAGCGGAUGGUGAUGCAGGUAAUGCGGCCGCCGCCAGCGAUUGAGCACCUCAUGGCCUUCUGGAGAGAGGUGGAUCAGGAGGGCAUAGGCGAGGUCACUGCCGGACACUUUGACAGUGCGGUCUACCGACUGCAGGUGGAUACCUGGCCUGAAUUGGAUCAGCAAGGCAUCUUUCGGGUCAUUCACAUCUUGAACACUGCCGCAGACAAGUGGCACCGGGCAGCAGGAAACUGGUACAAGGUGUUCCUGGCCUGCGAUGAGGAUGGCUCUGGCAGCAUGACGUUCGAUGAGAUGGUGGGCGUUUUCCGAAAGAACUUUCCUGGGUUGUCCAUCUCGCCCCAGAAGAUGCCAGAGCAGGACAUUCGCGGGUUUUGGCGCGCUUUGGAUGCCCAUCGUGCGGGGAGAGUUGAGGUGUAUGACUUCAUGAUUUUCAUGAGGAAGUAUGGCGCGCAGUUCUCGAUGCAUAGGUCCAUCCGGAGUAAGACUGCCACAACGGAGAUGGAGGACUACGGGAGACCUCCUGAAAGAAACGAUGAUGAGCUGCGACAAACCGCCAAAGUCCUUGAUGACUCUUUGACCGCCUACUGGAACAGACGUGGGGUCCACGUAAGAGCUGUGGACAAAUGGCAGAGGUUUCUGGACGAAGCUGAUCUGGACCGGGAUGGCCUCGUCACUUUCCAGGAUUUGGAGCAAGCCUUGAUCAUGCGGUUAAAAGCCGGGCGCAAGUUCAUCGAUGAGAACGCCGUGCUGGCCUUCUCUGGCAAAGCCAUGGCACAGUUCCACACAGACGGUGCUGUCGUGAACGGGGUCUCGCACGAUGACUUAUAUGCGUUGUGGUGCCGUAUCGACGCUGACAAUUCCGGCCGCGUUUCAUACAAAGAGUGGACGAGCGGCAUGUACAAGUUGCGGCUGGAUACCUGGCCUGUGAUUUCAGACAUGGAGCAAGGAGCGGUAGUUGACAAGAUCGGCGCAGCAGCCUCAAAGUGGAUCGGAAAAGUGUGCUGGUACAAGGUCUUCAAGCUGGUAGAUGUCGAUGGAUCUGGCGAGAUAGGCUUCGAUGAGUUCUUUCGAAUCAUCCGGCGUCCGCUGCCAUGCCUGGCCAUCACGACCAAGGAGAUCACCAACCCAGAACUCAAGGGCCUCUGGAAGGCAAUGGAUCAGGACAUGUCUGGGUCGAUAAGCGUCCAGGAGUUCAUGGUCUUCAUGCGGCGACUGGAGGUCCGCCGUGGCUAUGCCCAAUGGCGGCCACAAGUGCUGCAAGGCGUCGGGAUGUGUGUGUGUGUGUGUGUGUUUCAGUCACGAAAGCUCGCUCCUUGGAGCUUGCGAGGGUUGUCGUUUACAACCUCUAGUGUUCAGGUGGGUCACCAAGCGACCCCGACCCUUGGCCACCCCCACCCCCCACAAAGGGUUGCCGUAAUUGAUUUAAUGGGCGGGGGGGUGGGCCUCCCGCCGCCUCCUUGGAGGCUCCCAUGCUCCGGAAAGCUUUUUCUGAUACCCUUGGGCUUGCCAUGA